GUUGUGUGUGGAGCCAGUGGGAUAGGAGGUGUAGCGUCAAGCGCGUCGUUCAGACUUGAUUGUUACAGUAAGGAAGCUGUCAACACAGAGCCGACUGUAUUUGCGCGUGUUUAUUGCUUUGCUCGGAGCGAAUGAAAAUGCACGUGAGGAUUGAGGAUCUAUCGAUCGAUUUCCAUAAACUUCUGCGCGCAUCUUAAUCGCAACAAACGCGCAGCGGGCUCCGCGUAAUAUCAACGCUACUGUUUACUAUCGCAACAAGAUACGCGAAAUACAAAGGACUGUCACUGCAAAUAAAGGUGACUGACCAGCUUCUGUGGGAUUUGAUGUCACCUUUAGAUCGGUUCAAUUGAAGAUGGAAACACUGGAGUCCGAGCUGACGUGUCCAAUCUGCCUGGAGUUGUUUGAGGACCCCCUCCUGCUGCCCUGCGCCCACAGCCUGUGCUUCAACUGCGCCCACCGCAUCCUGGUCUCGCACUGCUCCAGCACCAAGCCUCUCGAGUCCAUCUCUGCCUUCCAGUGCCCCACCUGCCGCUACGUCAUCACACUGAAUCAGCGCGGCCUGGAGGGCCUGAAGCGCAAUGUGACACUGCAGAACAUCAUUGACCGCUUCCAGAAGGCCUCCGUCAGCGGGCCCAACUCCCCCAACGAGAGUCGCCGGCAGCGACCCUACAGCGCCACGCUCAGCGGGAGCGCGAGGGGCAGCCCCGCCAGUAGCGCCAUGUCCCUCGAGCGUGUUGGUUGCCAGUUCUGCGAUCAGGAGCCCCCGCGGGAGGCGGUCAAGACGUGUGUGACGUGCGAGGUGUCGUACUGUGACCGCUGCCUGCGGGCCACGCACCCCAAUAAGAAGCCCUUCACCAGCCAUCGUCUGGUGGAGCCGGUGGCGGACGCUCAGCUGCGUGGGCUGGCCUGCCUGGAGCAUGAGAACGAGAAGGUGAACAUGUAUUGCGUGGUGGAUGACCAGCUGAUCUGCGCUCUCUGCAAGCUGGUGGGACGACACCGUGAGCAUCAGGUCACCUCACUUAGUGAACGCUUCGACAAGCUCAAGGCUUUUCAAGUGAGCCCUGCCAGAGUUUCUGAAGCGGUUAUGGAGGCAUCAAAGACAAGCGCCGCGCAAACCUUGGAGAAUAACUUAACCAAUCUGGUGAAGAGGAACAGUGAGCUGGAGAACCAGAUGGCCAAACUCAUCCAGAUUUGUCAACAGGUGGAGGUGAACACAGCCAUGCAUGAAGCCAAACUGGUAGAGGAGUGUGAUGAAUUGGUGGAGAUAAUUCGCCAGAGGAAACAGGUCAUUGCUGUCAAGAUCAAAGAGUCCAAGGUGAUGAAGUUGAGGAAGUUGGCCCAGCAGAUUGCGAACUGCAGACAGUGUUUGGAGCGCUCGAGUGCCCUCAUCACACAGGCUGAGCACAGCCUGAAGGAGAACGAUCACGCCCGCUUCCUCCAGACAGCCAGGAAUGUGGCUGAGAGAGUUGCCAUGGCCACCGCCUCCUCCCAGGUCCUCAUCCCAGACGUCAAUCUGAACGAGGCUUUUGACAAUUUUGCCCUUGAUUUCUCCAGAGAAAAGAAAAUUCUGGAAGGACUGGAUUAUUUGACAGCACCCAACCCUCCGUCUAUACGUGAGGAGCUCUGCACGGCCUCGCAUGACACCGUAACAGUGCACUGGACCUCUGAAGAUGAAUUCAGCGUCACCUCCUAUGAGCUUCAGUACACCAUCUACACUGGCCAGACCAACUUCAUCAGUGAGUCUAAAUACACACCUCGCACAGCUUGCUAUCUCACUCUUUUCCAUGAAACCUUCAUUUAUAUCUUGUACUUGAAUGCUUCUCAGCUGGUUUUGCUUCUGUUCACAAACAUUACAUUAGACAUCAAGUGGUGA